UAGUAUAUAUAUCUUUUAAUCAUACAAGUGGAAAUUAUUGAAAGAUUCUAAAGCCUUGUUUUCCCUAUAUAUAAGGCAUAUUGGUUACUCUUCCUCUUAUGAACUUGUAAAUUAAUUACAACAACAAAAAUUAGCCUUCCUCUCUUUUAUUUAUUUUCUCUUGCCAUUAGUGUAUAUAUCUUGUUGAAUGGCAAUGGGUGAAUCAAAGCAGAUGGAAACAAAAGCAAUAAUCAUCCCUGCUUAUGUAAAAGCCCUAUCCGGUUCUCUUGGUGGAGUUGUGGAGGCAUCAUGUCUCCAACCCAUGGAUGUCAUCAAGACCCGUUUACAACUGGACCGGACGGGUACCUACAAGGGUAUUCUCCACUGCGGCACCACCACCGUGAAGACCGAAGGGGUGCGUGCUCUCUGGAAGGGUCUCACACCCUUUGCCACUCACUUGACACUCAAGUAUGCCCUUCGGAUGGGCUCCAACGCCGUUAUUCAGUCCGCCUUUAAGGACGCCAAGACUGGAAAGAUUAGCAAUGGUGGGAGGUUUGCUUCCGGGUUUGGCGCUGGUGUUACCGAAGCUCUUCUUAUUGUUACCCCCUUUGAGGUGGUAAAAAUAAGACUGCAACAACAAAAGGGACUGAGUCAGGAGCUUCUUAAGUACAAGGGUCCUAUCCAUUGUGCUCGGUUAAUCAUCCGCGAAGAAGGGCUACGUGGACUAUGGUCAGGAGCGGUCCCAACAGUUAUGCGCAAUGGUACGAGCCAGGCGGUGAUGUUCACAUCCAAGAACACUUUUGAUGGAUUAUUUUGGAGCAAACAUGAAGGGGACGGGAAGGUUCUUCAGCCAUGGCAGUCUAUGAUAUCUGGAUUCCUAGCGGGAAUCGCGGGUCCGGUAUGUACGGGUCCUUUUGAUGUUGUGAAAACAAGGCUCAUGGCACAAGCUAGGUCGGGUGGUGCGUUCAAGUAUACGGGUGUGGUUCAUGCAAUAUCGACUAUAUAUGUUGAAGAAGGGGUGCGUGCACUAUGGAAGGGUAUUCUUCCACGUUUGAUGCUCAUCCCACCCGGGCAGGCUAUUGUCUGGGGUUUGGCUGACCAGGUCAUUGGCUUAUAUGAGAGGAAUUACAUACAUAAAAAUAAUAAUAUAUUGGCCUAGUUAGUUUAUUACAUUAGACCGAUUUACAUGCAAAACAUGCAUAUUUUUCAAUGAAUAAUGAAUUUUAUUUGGCGGAAAUCU